AUGCACUACCCGUACGCCCCGCGCAAUCGCCGCCGCCUCGCUCGCAUGGUGGAACGUCCCAACGCGGCGCAGAAGCGCCACGCGACGAGACUGACGACCGUGUGGACCCUGUGGAGAUCCACGAUGCGGACGAAGAUGCUGACGGCCAAGGCGCCGCAGGCUGGCCGGAAGGCGGCGCCCAAGGAAGCCAUGAAUGCGAUUCACUUUGACGAGCUUGAUCUCGCCAGCUCCCAACGCUUCAUCUCCAUACCACUCCGACCCAUGGACACGUAG